CCGGGAACGCCUCGGCGAACUCCUGCGGCCCUGCCUAGGCGCCCGGCGCCUCCUGCUCUUGGGGCAGGACUUGGCCGGCCCUACCGCAAGGACGCCGCGGGCGCUGGGGGAUGCAGCUACGCAGGCGCCCCGCGUUCGAAGAUUGGCCCGCCAAUUCCAUCCCCGCGCAUGUAAAGGGCGGCGCGUUUGAGCAGAGCACGACCAUCAGCCACGAGAUGGCCGGCCAGCCCUAGGCUAGCCGCGCGCCCCCGCUCUCCCUU